CACAAGAAAACAAAAAAAAUAAAAAUGAACAGAUCAGUACCAUCAAAGUACAUGGCUACUCAUACAAUCAUGGAUAGUCUCAGCAGCAAGGAAUGUUACAACUCUAUUAAUUACAAUGACGAAGAUAAUUACAAUGUUGAUCAAGCUGCAUCAUUUCAAAGAAAGAGUCGACACAGUAAUCCCAAACCUACUUCUUUUGGCUAUAAUCAUUGCUCCAUUUUAGAUUCUUCAGAAAGCGAUCAAGAUGAUCAAGGACAUGCUAUGAGUCGUCAACCUCGUUCCAAAAAUGAUAUUACAUCGCUUCUAAGAAUGAUGAUGAUCAAUCUCAAUCAACGUGGUGGUGCUGGUGCUUCUUCUGGUGCUGGUUUUGGUCGUUCCCAACUAACGAUUAACCAUAAUCGUCGAUCUAUUCCAGACUACUCAGACUCAUGUACUGAUGACGAAGGGGUCAUAAAACACUUUAGCCAUUCCCACAACUUGAACAUGUACAAUUUCCAACAAUACUCAGAAACCAACUGCAAAGUCUGCGGGCUGCAACUUGUUGGAUCGGGUUACGGUUGUCAAAGUUGUCAAUUUUAUCUGCAUGCAUCGUGCUUCGAUCUUCCACAGAAGAUCCAGCACGAUGCACACCCUGCACACCCUAUGACACUUCGUUACCCAUCCUACUACAAGCAUUGUGGGAAGACAUGUGACGCUUGUUGUGAACACAUUAAGCAAAGUUUUCUCUACUGUUGUGACCUCUGCCAUUUUGAUCUUCAUGUCACUUGUGCCACGUUGUACAACAUCGUCAAGAGAGCCGAUAAUACAAAUGGAAAACUUCGACUUUCUUACACGUUUCCUUUUGGUGACAAUAUUAUAGCACGAUGCAACGUUUGUAACAAGAAGGUGUCUAAGGAAGGUUGGAUGUAUUAUAGCAAGGAUACUGGCCAUAUUGCACAUAUCAACUGUGCUAAGGGUAAAAUUGGACCUUCUUGGAUUAAAGAGAGACUUAAUAUGCUUAAAAUUAAAUAAAUUAAAGAAAUAUCUAGCUGAUCAAGUGCUUGAAAAUAUGUAAUAUAGUAUAAGGGAUUAAUUAAUAUGCAUGUAUGCAAAAUUAUUAAUCCUCAUGUACUGUAUUAUUUUAGUUAAAAUA